AUUCAUACACAGACCCAAGUGAGAACUGUUACCAUCUGUUUAUGUAGAUGUCAUUUAGGAAAAUAAUAUAUAUUAUACAGUAUAUGCAUCAUAUUUAAUUUGAUUAGUUGGAUAUUUGAUCCCCAUGAGCCCCAUAAUACUGAAACAAACGUUGGUGUUUGACCAUUAAGUAAAAAACUGGUUCAUCAUAACUGAGCCAAAGGAUAACAAAUAAUGUUUGUAACUAAUUAAAUAAAAUAUAAACAACACAGCACCAAUUCAUUUCAAACAGGAUGUAGCUCAGAAAUGUAAAGUGUCCGAUUUUUUCCGCCUCACCUGAACGCAGCAACCAGCGUGGGCGUGUCCUGCAGUGCGUGUGGGCGGGGCCUGCUCAGACAGGUGUACAGAGUUCAACCUGCGGAUUCUUGUUCUUCUCUGGGCGUCACUGACAGACUCUGUUUGCUCUCUGCUGCUGGGACGCUUCUUAUUUUCUUACACAGUUCAAACUGUUUGUUUACUUUGUUAGUGUGUUUACUUUCCCGCUGAGCUGCUUCUCUUCCUCCUGCUGCUGCAGAAGCAUGAAGUCCAGACACUUCGCAGCUUCUGCAGCUUCCUGCACCAAACUUUGUUUUCCCCAGUGAGUUCAUCACACUGAGGUGAACUCCGGUGCUUCCAGCCGGAUUCCUGCACCAGUCUCCGGUCUGAUCCCUGCACCAGUCUCCGGUCUGAUCCCUGCACCAGUCUCCUGUCUGAUCCCUGCACCAGUCUCCUGACUGAUCCCUGCACCAGUCUCCUGUCUGACCCCUGCACCAGUCUUCGGUCUGACCCCUGCACCAGUCUCCGGCCUGACCUGAACUCAGAUAUCGAUCAUGGAAGCUGAUCAACAACCACAGGAUUAACCGGAGGACUUUCUUUUGGAUUACAGAGCAGUUCUUUGAUUCCAGGAGCAGAGAUGCAGUGUGUGAGGAGUCUCACUCUGCUCCUCCUGCUUGUGGUGGAGGUGCACGGUGACUUUGUGGAGCCUCCUCAGCCCCACACCGCCCUGCGCUCGCUGGCAGAGAGUCAGACCAGGCUUCCCUGCCACUACCAGCCGGUGGGGGGGGAGAAGGUGGUGCAGGUCACCUGGUACAAGGAGCUCGCGGACGGCAGCAAGGACCAGAUCAUCACGGCCCACUUCUCUGAGGGCCACACAGAGUUCGGGCGUUACUCUGGUCGGGUGAAGUUCGAGAGCAGCAGCCCCACAGAAAACUCUGCUCUGCUCAUCCCCAACACAGAGGAGUCGGACGAGGGCAGCUACAUCUGCCACAUCUCCGCCUUCCCUUACGGAAACUUUGAGAGGCACAUCACUGUUACUGUCUGGAUUUUACCCAUCUCCACCCUGGACCCUGUCAUACUGAAGGAGGGGGAGUCGUACCGUGUGGCGGCCUCCUGCCGAGCGGUGGGCCGCCCGCCUCCCCGUCUCUCCUGGGACACCGACCUGCCGGGCCAGUCCCAGAACCGGACCAGCGAGGGCGGCUCCGUGUCCAGCUACUUCUCCCUGCACCCACUACGCAGCAUGAACGGCAAAAAGCUGGACUGCUUGGUGUGGCACCCGGGUCUGAACGGGCCCCGCAGGAUCUCAAACCUCCUGGAGGUUCAGUACCCCCCAGAUGCCACCAUCACCAGUGUCUCAGGAGACUGGUUCGCGGGUCUGGAGAACGCUGAGCUGGUGUGUGACAGCGGAGGAAACCCCAAACCUCAGGACUUCACCUGGACACGGAGGGGAGGAGCUCUGCCAGAUGGGGUGUCCGUGAUUGGAGGAAAACUCGUCUUCGGGCGGACCCUCCGCUUGAAUGACAGCGGGGUCUACGAGUGUUUGGCCAAGAACAUUGCAGGAGCAGGAAAAGCAGAGUAUUCAGUGACAAUAGCAGAGUCAUCUCGGAGCACGGGCUUCGUCAAAGACGAGAACUUCCUCCUGAUCGUCCUCGGGUCCUCGGCCGCCGCUCUGGUCCUGGUCCUGAUCCUUGUCGUCCUGCUGGUCAACCGCCACCAUCGCAACAGAAACAGAAAGCUGGAGAGGCAGCUCACUGAGAAGACGGACGAAAUUAACAGCUUCUCCAGACAAAACUCUUUCAGGAGACUGAACUCCGUGAGCUCUGAUCCCAGAGCAAAGCCUGAAGAUUACGCCCUGCUCAGAGUCGACAGCAGGAUGAAGAACAGCCAAAUGUCCCUGGAGCGUCCCACCUACAAAGGCAGCCAGUCCACACUGGGUGGGAAGUGGAGUCCACCGGGAGGAGUGGAGCUGGACGAGCUGGGACGUCCGGUCAUCUGGCACGAGGGCAGGGAGAGCCUGAGACAGACGGAGACGGACGGAGAGAAGGAGGAGCGCAGGAGGAGGGUGGAGUCAUUUCUGAAGAGCAGCAACAUGUCGCUGGUCCAGCAGGAGGAAGGGCCCAGAGAUCCGGACCUCGGGGAAGGCGGCUCGCCCCGCGUGGAGGACUGGGCUCCCACGCAGUCGGUGGAGGAGGAGCGAGAGGAUGACGACGACGGCAGCAGCUCCUACCAGAUCUCAGAGGCGCUCACCAAUCACUUCUACUUAAGUAAUGGAUUCCUCAGACCCAGACAGCACUCCAACGCCAUUCUGCUGCACCCCAAAGGACAGAUUAUCUAGACCACAGACUCUCCCCAUGUGAAGACAGUGUCUCUCUGCAUUCCUGCAUGGACACCAAUCGUAUGUCUUUGUAAUCACAUGUUUGUUUUGUACAUACAGACAGCAGAGGGCUAUUUUCCCCCAGGCACAACUCAAAUACUGAUAAUACUUUGCCUCUGGCCUCUCAGAUUGUGUUCAUUUAUUGUAAUGCUAUAAAAACUGGGAAUAUAAUUACUUUUCCUAAUGAGGGGAUGGUGAUGAUGAUUCAACCAUCGGGAAGUAAUGUGGAAGUUUGUAAGAAUUAUAACUAUUUUGAAGAAAUAGAGAAGUUGGAGAUUUUGACUUUUCACUCACUACACUGAAAUGUAAACAACCUCACCUCCUUUAAAACACAAGGACUCAUGGUUCCUUUUACAGUGUUUACUGGGAGUCCUGUUAGUUUACAUAAAAACAUUCGGGAAGGACAAUGUGGACAAAGACAAUUCCUGAGCUUUGGUCGAGUAAUAGUGAAUUAUUCUCAGAACCUUGAUAUUUUCAGCUUGGAUUCAGCUGCGGACGACAAGUUAGCGUGUGUAUUUGUACAUGUGUGUAUUAUAACAAUGAGGGAGAGACAAGGAGUUGUUGUACGUUUACAAUAUUGUUACCUGCAACAAGAGAGAGGCCUGAGAAGCCUUUUACCCCGAGGGACCAGAACAUGGACAUGAAAAAGAAGACUGGGACAGAACCUGCAGGAGAAGAACAUGUUUUAUAUCCAUCCAGUGUUUUCUAUGAAAGUGAAAAGACAAAAAACCUGAUGUGUAAAUGUUGAAAUGUUUAUUCAUAAAAGUACAGCAAAUGCAA